UAACAAUAGAAACCCUAUUUCCCCUCCAUGUUCCCUAUUUCCCCUCCAUGUUCCCUAUUUCCGUGUAACCGCUCCACCUCUUCACCCAAUUCUGAUUUCGUUGUUGACAAACAGGUGCAUAAGCCUUCACCGCUUAGGAUCCUCUCGCUCCUUGUUCCAAUCGCUGUUCUCGGGCUCCAUCUCUGUUCGCUGGUCCAGCUCUGUUUCUGCUCGCCAAAAAUCUCCCUUUGCACUGGGUUUUCUUCCUCAGUGGAAGGCAGCGUGGUCGUCUUUUCGUUUGAGGAGGAAGUUCGAAGAGGACAGUAUUGGGUUUGUGCGUUAUUGGCUUGAAGGCAAGCGUCACCUGUUGUUGGCUUCUUGGUGUUAUCCUGAAUUUAAGGACAAGGGGUUUAAUAUAUCUUUUCUUUCUUUCUGGAGUUGUGUAUCUUGGUACUUUGAUCCUGACGUAAGAUUCAAGUAGUACUAGGUUCUAUUUACAAUACACUCAGACCAUGAAACUGAAGUCCAAUGUAAUGAAGAAGACAGUGGCCGGUCUUGGACAGUUCAAGUGAUAGAUUCACAAGGGAAUAUUAAAGAAAAGGAUUUAAAGGUAACACAAGUUUGGAAGCUCCCUCAUGGUGAAAAGGUAAUAAUUCCUUUUGAUGGAGCUGUACCAAUGGGAACAAAAGUUGAUGGCUUAUUGGGAGGAUGCCUUGGUGUAUUGUCAAGGGACUUUGUAGCCUUUCCCAUAUGCUAUGAGAAUUGGCCGGCUGUUUCAAAGGUUAAGAAAGAUGCAGCAUGGGAUAAUACUAUUAAGGAAAAAUUUUAUUGGGAUGAACGUUUUGAAGAUGCUGCACGUUCUUACAUUAUGAAGGACAUUGGGAAGAAGUGGAGGAGUUUUAGACUUAGAUUGUAUGCAAAAUACUAUCGCAAGAAGAAAAGUUUUGAAGAGAAUAUUGCUAACCCUCCACUUUCAAUUCCUAAAGAUGAUUGGGCUGAGUAUCUUAUUUACCGUUCCAAACGGAAGACUAAGGAAAUGUGUGAAAAAAACCAAAAGAAUAGAAGCAAACUCACUAUUAAUCACACUGGUGGAUCAAAGAAGCUUAAGAGAAGAAAAUAUGAAAUGGAGGCAAAGACAAAUAAAGAAAUUAGCAGAGGAGUUUUAUAUGUUGAAACUCAUAAGAAGCAUAAUGGGUCAUUUAUUAAUGAAGAAGCACAGACUAUAUGUGAAAAGAUUUGUAACAUUGAAAGCCAAGGCACCACCUCAGCUAAGCCAUCUCAAAAUGAUUCUCUUGGACAAGUCUUAGGACCAGAACGUUGUGGGAGAGUUCGGGGCAUGUCUUUUGGAGUGUGUCCUUCCCAAGUUUUUGGGUCUAGAAUUGAAAGAUUUUGUGGCACUACUCCCUCCUCUUCUACUGCUAGUGCCACUGACAUGCAGUUGCAAUUUGAGGUUGAUAAAUUACAAUCAAAAGUGGCAUCAGAUUCCCAGUUGAUUAAAGAAAUGGCAAACACAAUCGCCCUUCUAUGUCAGCAGACAAAUGUGCCUUUACCUGCUUCAGUUUCCUCAGUUACAAGUGAAACAAUAGUGCAAGAUGUUGUUGCCCAAUUUCCAACUCAAGGAGAAGCUAAUCAAUCACAAAAUGAUGAAGCAAAUGAACCAAAUAAUGUUCGAGGUUGAUAUGGAUAUCUAGUUUACUAGGAAGUACUUAUUCAAUUCAAUGAAACUUAUCCUAGCCUUGAUGAGAAGACUUUUAAUUAGUAUUUUGUUGUCUUAGACGUUUACCUCCCUACUGUUGCAGGUUUUGCUAUUGUUUAUUUUGUAGUACACUUUUCUUAGAAGACUAUCUUAUGUAAUACUAUUAUGUUUUAUCAUCAUUUAAUGAACCUUUUAAUUUUAUCA